GGCAGGUGAGCCAGACAGACCCAACCCUUUCCCACCACCACCAUGUCGUCCCGAUGUUUCCAACUUCCCUCUCUCUCUCUCUCUCUCUCUCUCUCUCUCUCUCUCAUAUUUUACAUUUUCCAAGUGUUAAAAGUCUGAAAACUAAUUAGAGAGAGAGAGAGAGAGAGUACUCGUGCUGACGAGCGAUCGAUCGAUCGAUCAUCUCCCAACAGCUCGCAUUAUCCGCUCUUCUUAAUUCUCUUCUCUGUUCGAAGCUUUUGCUUCAUUUCUCAUGGCAGUUUCUGGCCUUAGAUCUGCCGUCUAGGCCUCGAAUGGUUCUGAGGCAGGAGAACAAGAACACCCUUGCGUUCCUCAAUCCAAAUCCCUAAUUUUGUGGGCCGAUCUGAUCUUGUUUGAGCGGGGAGAGGGGCUCUAAUAUAGGGCGGCUAUGGCUUCGGUGAAGUCGUCGCGUUCAAGGUCCGCGGCUGUGAAGGAGAACGGCAUGAAGGUCGAGGAGAAUCUCAACGUUUUCAGGACCAAUACUUUCGAUGCCGACGGUUACGUGCAGUCUAAGUGUCACUCCCUCAACGAGAAGGAAAUAAGGCAAUUAUGCUCUUAUCUUUUGGAUUUGAAAAGAGCUUCUGCUGAGGAAAUGCGGAAAAGUGUUUAUGCUAAUUAUGCAGCCUUCAUACGCACAUCAAAAGAGAUAUCGGACUUAGAGGGGGAGCUUUCAUCCAUUAGAAACUUGCUGUCUACUCAGGCUGCUUUAAUUCAUGAUUUGGCUGAGGGGGUUAACAUUGAUUCCUCAUCUGUUGCCGUUUCUGAUGGUUCUGCUGCAAAUGGCUUUUCUAAUUCUGAAUUUACAGAACCUUCAGAUCUAGAGAAAUGGUUGGUAGAAUUCCCUGAUCUCCUAGAUGUUUUGUUAGCUGAGAGGAGAGUGGAUGAGGCUUUGGAAACCCUUGACGAAGGAGAACGUGUAGCUUCUGAAGCAAAAGAAAUGAAAACGUUGAACCCAGCUGUACUCAUUUCACUACAGACUGCAAUUACUGAACGUAGGCAAAAACUAGCUGAUCAGCUUGCUGAAGCAGCCUCCCAACCAUCUAUCCGUGGCGGUGAGCUUCGUGCAGCUAUUUCAGCUCUGAAGAAGCUUGGGGAUGGCCCUCGUGCUCACAGUUUGCUUCUCAAUGCACACUUCCAAAGAUUUCAGUAUAACUUGCAAAGCCUUCGCCCAUCAAGCACCUCAUAUGGAGGAGCAUACACUGCUGCCCUCUCACAACUUGUGUUCUCUGCCAUUGCCCAAGCGGCCAGUGAUUCUUCAGCUAUUUUUGGAAAGGAGCCUGCUUAUACAUCUGAACUUGUGAUGUGGGCUACAAAGCAAACUGAGGCCUUUGCACUUCUUGUUAAAAGACAUGCAUUGGCUUCGUCAGCAGCCGCUGGAGGAUUACGGGCCGCUGCAGAAUGUGUUCAAAUAGCUUUAGGCCAUUGCUCAUUGCUGGAAGCUCGUGGGUUGGCACUUUGUCCUGUUCUUUUAAAACUUUUUAGGCCAAGUGUAGAACAAGCACUAGAUGCUAAUUUAAAACGAAUUGAAGAGAGUACUGCUGCUCUAGCUGCUGCUGAUGAUUGGGUGCUUACAUAUCUUCCAACCAGUACACGUCAGUCUGGUAGGACUUCUAGUACAUCAUCCAUCGGUAAUCCAACUGCAUUUCAGCAUAAACUUUCAAGCAGUGCUCAUCGGUUCAGCUUGAUGGUUCAGGAUUUCUUUGAGGAUGUAGGACCACUUCUGAGUAUGCAGUUGGGAGGUCAAACGCUGGAAGGAUUGUUCCAGGUAUUCAAUUCAUAUGUGAAUAUGCUCAUAAAAGCGUUACCAGGUUCUAUGGAAGAAGAAGCUAACUUUGAGGGUUCUGGAAAUAAAAUUGUGCGAAUUGCUGAGACUGAAGAUCAGCAGAUUGCAUUACUAGCAAAUGCAUCAUUAUUAGCAGAUGAAUUACUCCCACGUGCAGCCAUGAAGCUUGUCCCCCCUAAUCAGGCUAGUUACAAGGAUGAGCCACGUAGAAGACAGACAGACAGGCAAAAUCGCCAUCCUGAGCAAAGAGAAUGGAAGAGGCGGCUUGUAAGCUCAGUUGACAGAUUAAAAGAUAGUUUUUGUCGACAACAUGCUCUUGAUCUCAUUUUCACUGAGGAUGGUGAUAGUCAUCUUACUGCAGACAUGUACAUAAACAUGGAUGGAAAUUUGGAUGAACUAGAAUGGUUUCCAUCUCCAAUAUUCCAGGAACUUUUUAUGAAACUCAAUCGGAUGGCUGGUAUAGCAGCUGAUAUGUUUGUAGGCAGGGAAAGAUUUGCUACAUUGCUAUUGAUGAGGCUCACAGAAACUGUGAUCUUGUGGCUUUCGGAAGACCAAAGCUUUUGGGAUGACAUUGAAGAAGGACCAAAGGCUUUAGGUCCUCUUGGUCUUCAGCAGUUCUACUUGGAUAUGAAAUUUGUUAUUUGCUUUGCAUCCCAAGGCCGUUACUUGUCUCGGAACCUGCAUCGAGUUGUCAAUGAGAUAAUAUCCAAAGCCAUGGCUGCAUUUGCUUCCACAGGGAUGGAUCCAUAUAGUGUAAUACAGGAAGAUGACUGGAUUACUGAGAUAUGUCAUGAUGCAAUGGAGAGAUUGAGUGGAAAACCCAAAGCCAUCAAUGGUGAUCGAGAUGUCAGUAGCCCGACUGCUUCUGUCUCAGCACAAUCAAUUUCAUCUGUUAGAUCGCACGGGAGUUCCUAAUGGACAAUUAUUUUCACCUUGUAAAUUAGAUGACAAAAAGAAUAUUCAUCGUGGAUAUUCUUGCAAAUUCAUGUAUUCAUAGCCUGGCUCUUUCUUUCUUUUUCUCUGUUUUUUUUAGGAGAUGUGGGAUGCGGGGCUGUCAAAUCUCCAAUCAUUUUUUUUUUUUUUAAGCAGAUGACUCUGGUUGUUUGUACCAUACGGGGUUAGGUAUUCUUUUAAUUCUCUGUAAAUGUGAAAUGCAUUAUUGAUUCUGAGUCCAGAUCUGUACCAUUCUUUGAUUAGUGUAUUUGAACCUUUUUGUCUAUUAGAAAAACGAGUUAUUAGAAA